CAGCCCGUCUCAUCAGGGAUGCCGGGUUUGCUGAGACGCGGCAGUACACCGGAAACCGGGCGAGGAAACGGGUCACACCCCGUUUUAGCGGCCUGUUGAAGACGCAAGAAAAUGUGUUGAAAUCGUUGCAAUCUUCCAAGAUGGUCUGUGGUGAUUAUUGCCGACCGGGAGCGCACGGGAAUCCGCCAUUGCGCGCGCGUCUUGUACCUGCGGGUGGUUUCGUGGCGGGGUUGUUGGUAAGCAGUUCCUGACAUGAAGACCAGACCUGCGGGGAUAGGCAACGUCAAUGCCGACUGGAUGGGCUCUCUCCCUUCCAAGCUCAGUGCCAUGCCCCUAAAAAACCUCGCCGUGCCAGGCUCCCAUGACUCUUUCACUUUCUGGGUGGAUGUGCAUGCUCCUGUGGGCCCUGACCAGAAGGCUUAUGUGAAGUACCUGGCGACCAUGUUCAGUGUCUUGGCCAAGAAGGUGAUGGUGAAGUGGUCCAUGACACAGAACUUGACCUUUAGGGAGCAACUUGAUGCAGGAAUUCGUUACUUUGAUCUCAGGGUGUCCUCCAAACCAGGUGAACCUGGAAAUGAGAUCUAUUUCAUCCAUGGCCUGUUUGGACACAAGGUGCGGGACGGCCUGUUGGAAAUCAACUCCUUUCUCAGCCGGCACAGGAAAGAGAUCGUGUUUUUGGACUUCAACCAUUACUAUGCCAUGGAUACGGAGCAUCACGUGUACCUCAUGAAAAUGCUCCGGGAAGUGUUCGGCAGCAAGCUGUGCAACAACUGCACGGUGGAGAGCAUCACCCUGGACUAUCUCUGGGAGAAGAAAUACCAGGUCAUCGUGUUCUACCAUCAUUCUUCAGCCCAAGGCAUCCCUGGCAUGUGGCCAGGCAAUAAGAUUCCUGCUCCCUGGGCAAACACUACUGAGCCCAACAAACUUAUACAGUUCCUUGAAACCACACUGAAAGAAAGGAACAAGCAGGGAUCGUUCCACGUCACACAGGCCAUCCUCACACCCCGGGUCAACACCGUGGCCAAGGGCCUGCUCUGGGGGCUCCGCAACUACCUGGUGGAGAGAAAUCUGCCAACCAUCAUGUCGUGGGUGCAGACUCAAAGGCCGGGCGUGGACGGAGUCAACAUCAUCACCUCAGACUUUGUAGACCUCACGGACUUUGCCAACAUUGUCAUCCAGCUUAAUAACCUGCUGCUGGCCGAGCACGACCGCAAGGCCAGAUGACGCGUGUCCAGACGGUGGUGGUAAACAGGUGUGGGGGAAGGAGCGUUUUUUAGUGACAAUGUAUCAUACUUGAUGACUUAAUCAUGUUCAUCAUUGGAUAAAUAUAUAUAUAUUUUUAUAUUGUUCACAAGCAGCCCUUCCACUGUAAAUCUAAAGCCUUGGUAUCUUAAAGGAACUCAGUAGGUUUGUUUGUGAUGUAUUCUCACAGCCCCAAAGUAAAGUCUGGAAUAGUAAGUAAGCUGGAGCUCAGACUCAAGAAAAACCAGGAAAGUCCGACAUCCUUUUUUUUUUUUAAUCCCCUAAUCUUUUUAUCGUCUACAGAAAACGGAAGAGUUUUUUUUCUCUUACCGGUGCUGUGGCUGUUUCUGAGGUCCACACACACGGCCCUGUCCAAAGCCAUUUUUUACAUUUUCCUUGACCUCUUGUGUAACAAUAGGAAACAGGUGUGCGUGUAAAAAGGUGGUGUUAAUAUAUUAUAGAAGUACAUUAAAUGUACUGAGAUUAAGAGAAUGAAAGUUUUCUGAUAGAUUUUAUUCCGAAAUCAGGAAAUCAUGAUGGGAAAAUGCCCAAAAGGAUGGCACGAGCACAUGAAACGCCAGGGGGUGUUCACACUUGGACAGUGGGACGCAGUUAGCAAUAAUGGAAGGAAGAUGGGCGGAGAUGUGCAUGCGGCAGCUUCUCUCGUUAUUUUUGGUCCGUCAGUAUGUUAAACAAAGUCAUGUGCCGGGAGAGAGGAGCCCUCUGUGCCAGGAGCGUCUCAACUCUUUUGGCAUUUAAUCAGAGCCGCUGACACUGGCACCUUUUUUUUUUUGGGAGGGGGGAGGUGAGAGUAUUUCCAGGGAAAGGCCAAAAAUGUAUGGAACUCUUGCGCCACAUUUCCCACAAUAUGUGCACGCAUUCAAAUAAACAGCUAUGAGUUUUCACCUGUAUUUUUGUCAUUAUAGUUUGUUGGCUUGGAUGCAGAAAUAGAAACAGAGGAAUGUGAAGUCAUAAUGUGUAGAAGUGCCAGAAUAUGCGUUUGUGUGUGCUGUAUUUAAAAAGCCCACGUCGAGUUCCACGAGAUGGAACUCGCAUGCUGAAUGAAGAAAUUGUGUAUUGUGCGUGCGUACUCGUGUGCAUCUUUGUGUGUUUUGUGAUUCAGUGUUUGUGCCUUGCAGGCUAAGUGAUUACUAUGCAUGACAUAGACAGUAGCACUGUGACAGUUGCUGUACAUUCUUCUGGUCAGGGGAAGGGGAAUAGGGGAAAGAGCAGGGACGAAGAAGGCAACAAAAAGCCGAAAAAUCAAUCCACGACAGCAUUCUAAUUAGUGUUGAAAAUCGUAAGGCCAAAAGGGGAGAAGAAAAUUCAAUUAGCUUGGCGAAGCAUUUUCCCCAGGCAGUC